AUGUCUCACCGAAUAAGAAUUUCGCAGAACCCGCCACUCGACACAUUGGAUGCGCGGCUGAGUCUGGUGUCGGCAGACUCCGUGGCAACGAACGAACGGCUUCUGGACAAAUUGGGUCUUCCUGACGAGGACAUUGAGAGUUUCGAAGUAGAGCAUGAGGCCAGAAACUAUGAGCCUGCCAGCCAGUUCCAAUCGCUAAAGCCGUUUUGGUACGAGCAAAAGCAAAAAGACGUCAACACAACGCUCGACUCGGACUCGCACAGUUUUGACCUCGGCGAUGACGUGGUUGAAGACCGCCCAAUCCUUAAGCAGCCGCAACACAGACGAAUAGCUUCGAUAGAAGAAUAUUACGUGACCAGCCAUUACCUACAACAGACACCAAUAGAUGCCACGCCUACAAGCCAGCGCACGUUCCACUUUCGCUCGGAGUCCAACACGAACGACUCUGUGCGAUUCCGACCCCUAUCGCCUCCCCCCUCUGCCGCUGAUGCAGUACCAGACGCAGUGGCAGAGCCCUUGAGAUCGCCAAAUUUCAUAAAAUCGCAUGGGUCCACAGGCUCAGGAUCAUCGCUCUCGUCGCUAAUAAAGUCGCCGUUGAAGGCUCUUCGUGGGAAACAGUCUUCGACACCAGACUUGCAAGACCAGGGGCUUUCGCAGCAUUUCCAUUCCUUGGAAAAUGCGCAAGAAAUGCUAUCCUAUGGGCUUGGUCUGCGUAAUGGAGACGAUAAGUCUCUCGCCCAAAGCUUCAUCUGGAUAUGUAAGGCUGGGGCAGUGGACACUAACCACAGAUACAGCUUCCACAUCGAUCCACGGAAGCUUGCUUUGCGCCUGCCAGUCCACCCACAAAGCACCAUAUACUAUGAAAUUGGGCGUGCGCUUGUACACGGGUGGGGGUGCACAAAAGAUCUCGGUCAGGGACUCGAGUUUUUAGAGCUGGCUGCUUCGUUUGGUAGCAUCGACGCUAUGGAGCUCGCCGCGAAAAUUACAAAGAAGCAGCGUUCCAAAGCAUGGAAGAAGUUUGCAGAAGACGCUCGGCGGCUUGCUAAUAGCCGGUGA